UUUAUCUUUUUCUUUUGCUAGUUUUUUUUUUCUUUGCUAAUGGGCUUUUACGUAUAAGUAAAUUUGGAAUACAGUUGUAAGUUGUUGACCCAUAUCUGGGCUUAAUUAAUUUAAGGUGCCCUAUUCUCUGUCUUCUGAUCCGAUUUUGUUUUCUUUUCGUACUCUGCGAUGGCUUUUGACAAUCUUAUCGACAAAUCUAAUAUUUUCGGACAUCUUACGGAAAAAUCUGACAACAAGGCGGAGGCGGAGGCGAAAAUGGCGGAGGCGGAGGCGAAAAUGGCGGAGGCGGAGGCGAAAAUGGCGGAGGCGAAGGCGAAAAUGGCGAAGUAUGAUCGUGACACUAGGGCAGUAGAAAGAAGGAGUCUGUUGCGAACGUUCACUCUACCUCUUAGUCCGGGGCGUCAAUUGAGCCGCGAUGGCCUAGGAGAGGAAAAAUCUAAUAUUUUCGGACAUCUUACGGAAAAAUCUGACAACAAGGCGGAGGCGGAAAUGAUACUGGCGCAGGCGGAGGGGAAAAAGGCGGAGGCGGAGGCGAAAAUGGCGGAGGCGAAGGCGAAAAUGGCGAAGGCGAAGGCGAAAAUGGCGAAUUUAUUUCGGCAUCCUCAUGAUAUUUCUGCCCUUCGGAAGGAUGUGACAGAUUUGAUGCAGAAACUUCGUGGCAAAGAUGCCCGAGCCAUCCCUUGGGCCACCCGAAAGGAAUGGGUCGACAAUAUCUGUGGCCGAGUCUUAGCAGUUAAAUUUCGGGUUAAUGCGCAAGGGAAUCUUAAAGAUCAACUUGCAAAGCUGUGGAAUGAUACGAGGGACUUGCGGGAAGUCUUAAAAAAUGAGAAGGUUAAAACGAUCAAGAUUGAUUAAGAACUACGAGUAUACCAUUGAGAAUAAUGUGUUAUAUACUAUCUUAACGUAUACUACAAAACUGUGUUCAUCUUCUCUUGAAAACAAUGCUUUACAAACUCUGAAUGAAUAUUACGAGUAACUUCAAACUAA